AGCGCUCGAGAAUAAUAUGGCGCCGUUGUUGGUGAUGGCCACUAACAGGGGAAUCACGCGCAUCAGAGGAACCACACAUAAGAGCCCCCACGGCAUUCCAUUGGAUAUGCUAGAUAGAUGUCUCAUCAUUGCCACAGAGUCGUACGCAGACAACGAACUCAGGCAAAUACUGGAAAUCAGAGCCGAGGAGGAAG